AUGCCAAGUCAUUUAAAUAAAAAUUCUAAAAAUGAAAAUAAUCUUCAUAAAGUAAUUUCUGGAAAAGUAGAAAAACCUUCUAUAGAAACAAAUGAAAUUGUUAAAGUUAUUGAACAACAAAAAGAUAGGAAACCUGUAGUACGGAAAUAUGCUAUGUUAUUAGCUUAUCAAGGAAAAAAUUAUUUUGGAAUGCAGAUUCAAAAAGAUCAAUGUACUAUUGAACAAAAGAUAUUUGAAGGUCUUUAUAAAUGUGGUUUUAUAACAGAACAACAAAAAAAUGAUCCAUAUAGUUUUUAUUUCCAACGAGCUGCAAGAACUGAUAAAGCUGUUUCUGCUGUUAAACAAACAUGUUCAAUGUUUUUACCUAGAGAUCACAAUGUGCAGGUUGAUGGGCAUGUAAAAAUGAAUGAACAUAUGCCAUCAGACAUUAAAAUUCUUGGUUUUCGUUUAGCAACUAAAAGUUUUCAUUCUCAAAAAGAUUGUAGUUCAAGAACUUAUUCUUAUACAGUUCCUUCAUAUACUUUUGCUCCAUUAAAUGAAUUAACAAAUGAUAAUUAUAGAAUUACAGAAGAAAGAAUAAAAGAAAUAGACGAAAUUCUUUCCAUAUACAAAGGUACUCAUAAUUUUUAUAAUUAUACAAGUAAACGUGAUAGUGGCGAUAAAAGUUGUUGGAGAUAUAUAAUCAAUUUUUAUACAGGAAAGCCAUUUAUUUAUAAGGAUUCACUUCACGAGAAAGACCAUGAAUUUAUAACAUUAUAUAUUCAGGGUCAAAGUUUUAUGCUUCAUCAAAUAAGAAAAAUGGUUGGAAUGGUUAUUGCAGUUUUAAGAGGAUUUACUUUUAAAAGUGAAAUUCAAAGAUCUUUUGAAACUGAACGUAUGGAUAUACCAAAAGCUCCAGGACUAGGACUUGUUCUUGAAAAAGUUCAUUAUACUAGCUAUGAUAAAAAAUGGAAAAAUAGCCAUCCAACAUUAGAUGACUGGGGUGAAGAAAUUGAACAAGAAGUGGAAAAAUUAAAAACAACUCUAGUGUAUAAAGAAAUUCUUGAUACAGAAUGUUUUAAAUUUAAUAUGAUGCAAUGGUUAAGUGAUAUGGAUAAACAUACUUUCUCAACUGAUCCAACGUUAGAAUGUACUGUUGAUAAAGAUCUUACUGGUAUUCAAAAGGCAAGGAUUCUUUUAGAAGGUAAUUCUGAGACCAUCAAGGAUCCAAUUAAUUCUGAAAAAGUAGAAACCAAUGCUUGUUAA